GGUUGAAUCGGUUGAAUUGAGAUCGUAAUCAUAUCAUGAGCUAAGUAGAGCUGAAUCAUUUUGUAUUUAUAUUCGAUGUAGAUUAUCUUCAGCUGCUCUUAUCAAAAUAAGGUAUAAUCUUUUUAUAAAAGUAGCUAGUGUGAUCAGUCAACGAUAGCGACUCUUGUAACUGUUCUGCUAAUUCUAGCAGAAGAGCACGAGAAUGGAGGAAAAAAGGGAAGUGCCAUCAACACUUAGAAAGCUCUUGGCAGUUGAUGCUUAUUUAAGCCAUGCCUUUGCCAGUUGGGGAGAACAAUUUUUAUAUUUAAGACAACUAAAAACUCAUUAUAAAGUUUUGGAGAUAUCUUGUAAUAGCAUAGCAUGGCUGACGACUAAUCUCAUGUUAAUCUGGAUUUUCAACAACCCAAAUUUAUAUCAGAUGCAAGUUAAUCUUUUAAUAGGAUUGGUGCUUGACAUUAUUCUUGUCGCUGUACUAAAAGCAAUAACAAGAAGGAGGCGGCCUACAGCGAACGAUAAUCCCUCUUCUGCUAAAGAUUCCUUUCCAUCUGGAGAAGCGGCUCGUGCAACAUUUGUUGCAUAUUAUUUUCUUAAUCUAUGGCCUUUACCUUUGAUAUGUGUACCACCUUUGUUGGCAUGGUGCUUUUCAGUAUGUACAUCCAAGCUUCUGAUGAGGAAACAUCAUGUAUUUGAUGUUUUGGCAGGUAUAGCUCUUGGUGUAUUCCAAGGUUUGCUGAUAGGGUACAUAUACUUGGAACAAGAUACUUGCAAAAGUUUAAUUUGGUGGAUUACUGACGAGAAAAUAUCUGGAGCUGAAUAUGAUGUUUGAAUAUUGUUAUUUUUUAUGCUAGAUUUUCAUAAUUUUUUUUUUUUAAUUUGAUUAUGGAGAUUUUAAUCGAUGAGUUUAUGUGAUUGUGUAUAGAACUAGUUGUGGGUAGUAUUUUAUGUGAUAAAUAUAUAUACUUAUAUUAAGGUAUAAGUAUAUAUAUUUAUGUAUAAGUUAUAUAUAUAAGUUAA